UCCUGCUGUGAAGACAUCAUCUCCCAGCAGCCCACACGAGGCGAGGGUUCCAUGAAUGAUAAUCUUUAAGUUCACCUUCAGCGGCGGAGUUGGCUGAUAAAAAAAUAAAUACAAAUUCAAUAUAUAGCAUACGGAUUGUGUUGAUAUUCCAGCCGAUAUGAACGGCAGAAUGCACAAUGCUACCCCUGAGCUGGAGAUCUAUCUGAAAAGGGGACCAUCUGGCCUGGGGUUCAACAUUGUCGGGGGGACAGACCAGCAGUACAUCUCCAACGACAGCGGCAUCUACGUCACCAAAAUCAAGGAGCAGGGGGCAGCAGCGCUGGACGGGCGUCUCCAGGAGGGGGACCGGAUCCUGGCGAUCAAUGGGUGUGAGCUGCAGAACCUGUCCCACCAGGAGGCUGUGGAGCUCUUCAGGACAGCCGGGGAGGAUGUGAGGCUCCGGGUGCUGCAGGGGCACUCCGCUCAGAUGAACGGUCCGGCGGGGUCGAGGGGCGGGGCUGAGCCGUCCGUCUCGCUGCUCGGAGUCCUGGCUGUAUCGGGAGCGCUGGCUCUCGCAGCGAUGGUGUACUUGAGAUUCAGGCACCGGAUCGGCAUGCGUUGAACACAGCGUCACCAUUUAUUAUUACAUUAGAUUAUUAUUAUUAUUAUUAUUAUUAUUAUUAUUAUUAUUAUUAUUAUUAUAAUGUUGUUUUUUAUUUCUUUUCUUUUUUCUUUAAAGAAAACCAGACUGAUUUAAUUUUCCCCCCACCAUUUCACUGAUAUGUUUUAUUUGUGAAUUACUGCUGCUGCUGCUUAUUCCAAAGCCAAGAUUAAUGCUGUGUAGAGGGUUUAGGUUUUGAAGCCAGAAGUUUGAAACUUACUUGCACGAUUAGUACCGGCCAAAGGAGAGGGUAUUUAAACUGAAGAUGUAUUUAUAUAACUGGUAUCAGCUUUAAGAAUAAGUUUGAAAAGGGACAGCAGCUUUAACAUGGAAGGAAAGCAGGAGUUGCUUCAUGAAUUCAAGUGCCAGCUGCUUCUGCCCUUCACAAAGCAAGCUAGGAAUUAUGGCACCACCUGCUGGGAGCACACUGCCACUACAGCUCACUUUAUCCAAUGUGGAAGCAGUUGUGUGGCCACUUCUCGUUUCUUUAGUGUUUUCUGUUAUGCCUGUGCAGCGAGGGUUGGAAACCAGCACAUUACAAUGCUUUUCUUUAAAUGCUUUCAUUUUUGUGAAUGUAGUGCUUGUGAACGGUCAGGGACAGUGAUAGGAGCUGCACUCGGGUCCCAUGAGACCCGUGUUGUGUCUGUCAAGUUAAAACUAGAGCUAUCAUUUAGCAUGAAGACAUAUAUCCUCAUGGCCUACAUUCACUGUACAUGCAUGGAUUUUCUAAAGCCUCUCCUAAAGAAUGUCCUGACCACGUUUAAUCACGAUUAGAACUGCGGAUCUCUAGAGAAAUGUAAAAAAUAGAAAUGUGACAGGCAGGGAUGGAUAAUAGCAGCGAAGAAAAUGGAUUUCAAAGCAUUGGUUAGCACGACUUUUGAAGAUGAUUUUUAUUUUGUUUUAUUUUAAAGUGAAGUCUGCAACUUUUUUUUUUUUUAAUUUUAGUUUUUUAGUACAUUUAUAUCUGAUCUAUAUCAUGCCACAAAAACACAGCUUUAGAAAUAGGUUUGAAUAAGAAGCUGCCUUAAUGUAAGACACAGACCGUGUCAGAGCCGCGAGAGCCAUAGAAAGAGAAUCGUUAUAGAUGUAGUUAUAAAUCAUUUCAUCUGUACAAGCCAAUCAAAGAACUGUUUAAAUGCACGUGAGCACUCUGUGUGUGUGUGUGUGUGUGUGUGUGUGCUUGCGUGUGUGUUAAUAUCCACUGGGUCUCCGUGUUUAAUGUAGAAUCAUGAUUUCUUUGUAGGCUGUAUACAGACCCCGUUCCAGUCCUGCACACACGAGCCAGUGCUAGUGCACUGCUGUUCCGUAGAAUCAGGUAGAACUACAGUACAGCAAUACUGUCUGUAUCUGAUCAAGGUAUACCAUAGCAGCCUUUUAUCAGAGGCAGGUUUGGUGUAGAGAACAGUCUUUCAAGUCCUGGCAUGUGAUAUUUGGAGCAAAUCCAAGAGCACCUCACUGUGAAUGUGAAUAUCUAAACCCUUACCCACUGUUGCACUGUAUAUAGUACUCUAUGAAGUGGGUGAUAACAAUGAUAUCGGGGAGAGAAAAAUCAUGGUUAUUGAUUCCCCAUGCAGAGAUUGCAUUGUGCUUUUGCAUCCAGGGUCAUGUUGCAUGAAUUGAAUGAAAGUGAUGAGAAUUGCCUCAGCCAUAGAAACCUGUUAAACCCAGGCCUGUCCUCAAUGUUUGGGAGUAUCUUACUUGUGAAGCUCACAUUAAAUAAUAUUUAAAUAUUGACAUGAUCUAAAAGAACACACAUGGGGACAGUGACCCCACGGAAUAUCAGGACCUGCCAAAUUGUGACUGCUUGCAUGGAAUAAAUUACGCUGUGUUUUAUAAAAUCUGCAGUUAUAACUGCGUUGCUUCUGCAAUUGCCCAGUGGGAUCAAAUCAGCCCAACCUAUUUCUUUGUUGAUUAUGCACUGCUGCUAGUUUAGCAAUGUACCACAUGACAGGGUCUCUGCACCUGUACUUUGGGACCUGCUAUAAAGCAGUGAGGACAGGUUAAGGUUUUCAGCUGAGCCAUUGCACAGCACCCAUAAUGCAAUGACAUCCUCAAAGCACAGACUCCAAGGAUAUUCUCAGCAUUUACCACCAAUAUUUUGUGAAAUGAACUAGGAAGAAUUGUGCAUGCUGAUGAAAGUGACACUUGUACCAAAGCUGUGUCUGCGUGUUGCAUGCUUUGUGGUUGAUGGGCCAGUUAAUUGACCCUCUCCUUGUUUUGUUUGACAAUCCCUGUUAAUAACCCAUUUCCCCCCAUAAUGUAUGGAUUAUGUGUAUUAUAACAAGGACCAAAUGCAUCUUUCUGAGCUGUCUUUAUUUGUUGUUGUUGUCCAAACCCAAUUCUGUAGGUUAGAAAGUUCACUGCACUCUGUCUCCUGUGCUGUUUGCAAUUAUUGCCCUCCCCUCUUUCUGCACAGUAAUACGAAGGCUUCAUAAAGCAGGUUUCUCAUUAAAUACAGAGCUUUCCUGCAAGUCAUUUUCUACCCAAGCGGAGUUCAAUUUGUAAUCCUGUUUGUCCUGAUCUGAUGCAUGGACUGAAACGCAUUGAUCGUUGCAUUUCAUUAAGUUUAGAAAUGAGGCUUUUUGCAUAUUUUUGAAUUUGUACAUUGAGUUUAGAUUAAUUUAGUAUGGAUGCGCUUGAACCUAAAAAAAUGAUCUUGAGCGUUAAUUUGACACCUUGUUUGUGACUUGCAUAAUUAUUUAGUCAUGAUUACAUGAAGCCUAGCUAAUGUAAUUAAGAUCUAAAAUUCAGAAGAGCUAGUUUUGCAUCAUAAGGACACUACAGUGGCUCCAAAGAUGAAUCAGACACAUUACCAUCAAUUCCGUAUUCAUAGUUCUACUGUAUAUGCAGUGGAAAUGACACAUUGUGCUAAUUAACUCAUUUGUGUCAAGCUCUUUACUGGGCAGGUGUACAAGUAACAGCAAAUUUAAAAUGCUGUACACUGCAGCAAGACUGCUAAUGCAGGAGGCCACAGCUGGCAGAGAGAACAGUGCCAUUUAAACCCAGUCGAUCCGAGAGAGACUGAAUAACUGUUGGUGCAAAAUCCUGAAGGAUCACAAGCAAACUGAAAAUGACAUGAUUUGCCAAUGUGUGACAGGGCAGUUACCUUAAAGAACAAUAUGCAUGUAAUGCUGCUCCACAGAACAAGCAGCAUACUAGAUAUGUGAUAGGAAUGUGGCUUUAAUCAGAUUCAGCCACGUUUGGAAAAUGGUUGCACAGUGAGAUCAGGGAACCUGUUGAAUAAGCACUGUGAUGCAAACAAAAGUUUUCAAAUUUAAAGAGAGUGUGAACAAUGCUUAAACAAAUACUGGUGAUAACAUGAUUAUGAAAUAUAAUUUAAAAUAACAAUAUAUACUGUCCAGACCAUUAGUAAGUUCAAAUGCACUCAAUUCUAUUCAUUUCUUGGUUAAGCAAAUGUAAGUAGGUAAAACCAAGGCUUUAACCUACACUCCCUCCUUUGAUUCGCAUUAGACCAGAACCAGCUCACUGAUACCCAUGCAAACUGUUCUGCUGGAGCUCCAGCUUACUGGUCCUGUGCAAGCUGUUCUUCUGGAGCUCCAGCUCACUGGUCCUGUGCAAGCUGUUCUUCUGGGGCUCCAGCUCACUGGUCCUGUGCAAGCUGUUCUUCUGGGGCUCCAGCUCACUGGUCCUGUGCAAGCUGUUCUUCUGGGGCUCCA